AUACCACCAUUUCCUGUGAUUCGUAAAUUGGAGCUGAAUUCCCUUUUCGUCGGGCGUACCAUUUCGGUAUGCGGCAGUCGGACGGUCGGUCGGCACCAUCAACAAAAACAAAACAAAAUUGAAUAAAAUGCACUUUACCGCAUAGGGAAUGCAUGAGCAUUGCUUCAUGCAAGUGGUGGAGGUUGAUUACGGUGGGCGUACAUAUGCACCCUUUUCGGCUUUGCCAAUAGGAAUUAGAGAAAAAUCCUCCCUUUAACGUUCCGAUGUGUGUGUUUUUUGCCAAAUGAUGCGUUGAGUAAGCCGAGUGGUGCGUUUUGGCACGGUAAAUGAUUUUAUUGCUUUUCAUAUAAAAUGAAAGCCCGCUCGGGUGAAGAAAAUCAGUAGUGAAGAAGUGUCAGUGCAGUGCAGACAUAAAAAGGGAAAAUUGGUACGAAUUGUGGGCAAGCGUGAAACACAAAAUCCAAACAAAAUGAAGCGACUUUUACUCGUUCCCUGUCUGUUCCUGGCGCUCCAAGCUGCGUCAGCAGUAGAACACCUCGAAGAAGCGGAAGCACCCAGCGAACACGAACAGGUCGUGCCAACGAUCGCGCAGGAUUUUGAGCAUCACGAACCGCACGACUAUUACGCUUACCCGAAGUACAAGUUCGAGUACGGCGUUAAGGAUCCGCACACCGGUGACCAGAAGAGCCACUGGGAGGAACGGGACGGCGAUGUGGUGAAGGGUGUGUACUCGCUGUACGAGCCGGACGGCUCGGAGCGGGUGGUGGUGUACCGGGCGGACAAGCUGCACGGAUUCGAGGCUCACGUCAAACACAUCACCCACGGUGGCCACGUGCAGGAGUACGGUCAGGAGCACGCGUACCUGGGGGAGGCUCACGGUGAGCACGGUUACAGCUACAGUAAUCAACACCUGGAGUAGGGUCAACCGGGUCAAGAAGGCUCUCAUCGUUCCCGGCCUGUUCCAGCUAUCUACCCUGUCCCAUACUCAAUAAAUAGUUUUCCCCAACAAACCGAUCCGAUUACGUCGCGAAUUCGUUGCACGAAAAACGCAAACGGUGGUCCAUAAAUCAUCAA